AUGGUUGAUAGCAGUAAUAAGAAGAGGAAAGAGUUCAUCAGUGAAGGAGACAUCGCCGCUCUUUUGCAGAGAUAUGACGCGAUGACGAUACUGAAGUUGCUACAGGAAAUGGCAUAUCACGCUAAACCCAAGAUGGAUUGGAAUGAGUUGGUGAAGAAGACUAAUACUGGAAUUACAAAUGCUAGAGAAUACCAGUUGCUGUGGCGGCAUCUUGCUUAUCGAGAUUCUCUCUUCCCCAUGGAAGAUAAUGCUCAACUUCCGGAUGAUGAUAGUGACAUGGAGUGUGAAUUGGAAUCUUCCCCUGCAGUCAGCGUCGAUGCAGUAGCGGAAGCUGUUGCGCAUGUGAAAGUGAUUGCUGCUUCCUAUGUGCCAAGUGAGUCUGACAUUCCUGAGGACUCAACCGUUGAGGCUCCCUUGACCAUUAACAUACCUUAUGGCCUGCAAAAGGGGCCACAGGAACCAUCAGACUCGUAUUGGUCGUCAAGAGGGAUGAAUAUCACUUUUCCUGUUUCUCUUCAGAAGCCAGCUGAGGGACAAAAUGGAAAUGGGUUAGCCAGCAGCAUGGCUCCUCGGAAGAGAAGAAAAAAAUGGUCAACUGAGGAGGAUGAGGAGCUGAUCGCUGCUGUGAAACGACAUGGUGAUGGCAACUGGGCCCUUAUGGCUAAGGAAGAAUAUGAAGGAGAGAGAACAGCCUCACAACUCUCUCAGGUUGUAAUUUAUUUGGCUGAUAUUGUUUCGUAUCUUUGGAUAAUCUUCAUGUACUUUGUGCAUCCUCUCGUAUCAGCAUGCCGGUGGGGGACUAUAAAAAAAAAGUACCUAGAGAUGGUAAACUCUUCUUCCCAAUCUGGCCUACAGCGAACAGAAGCACAAUUGGCAGCUAAUCGUGCAUUAUCUUUGGCAGUGGGAAAUCGAGCUCCCUCAAAAAAGCUCGCAGUAGGUAUACCUCCAACUCCUUCAUCCGGUAGCAUCGCGGGAGCACAAGCCAAUGGUGCCAACAGUGGUAGUUCACUGCAAGGUCAACAACAAUCUCAGCCAGUAGUUCAAGCACUGGCCCGGGCAGCAACAUCCGUUCCAGCUGCGAAAUCUCGACUCACCGCAAAGAAAACAGCAGCAAAUAACUCCACUUCGAGAGCGGAACUAAUGGUAACAGCCAAUUCAGUAGCUGCUGCAGCCUGUAUGUCUGGCUCGGUAACUGCUGCAUCAGUGGCAAAGGUUGAAACAGGAAAGAACGCUGUUCCUGUGUUAGUGCCAAAGGUUGAACCCGUAAAUCCCGCUUCCUCCAUAGCCUCUUUCCCUCGUCCAUCCGGUUUAUCAUCAUCAGUAACGAAUGGCGAGCCUGCAAAAACCACUUCCACUUCUGCAGCCUCUUUCCCUCGUCCAUCAGGUACUGUCUCAGCAUCCAAGCCUGAGCCUGUUAAAUCAGCUUCGCCAGCCUUUACCCCACGCCCAUCAGGUAUUAUAUCAGCACCAAUUGCUGAGCCUGUGAAACCCGCUUCUCCAGCCUCUUUCCUUCGUCCAUCAGGUACUCUAUCAGCAUCAAAUCCCGGUCCUGUAAAUACCGCGUCGCCUCGUCCAUCAGGUACUUUAUCAGCACCAAAGGCCGGUCCUGUAAAGAGUGUCGCUGCUGCUGCUACUGCUAGUGCUACUGCUACUAACACUCAAGUGGCUGGACCUUCGAAUAUAAGGAAUGCAGUUAAUGGAAGCCCGAGACCCACGAUGUUUCCAUCAGCUAAAAAGCCUUCACUUGUGGCUCCUCUCUUCAAAGGACCUCCUACAAUAAUCCAGAAUAAAUCAGUUCCUUCUACUUUUGCGUCUUCAAGGUUGGCCCCUAUACACACAGUUCCAACGGCGACUGGAACUCCACAAAAGCCAAGUGCAGGAGCGGCGGUUACCGCCACCGCCACUGGCAAGCCGGUUGUUGUACAGAAAGAGCAAACGCAGGAAAUCAGAGCAAGCCCCUUGGCUACAACAACACUUCAGCCAAAUAAAACAAUCUCAACAAACUCAGUGGUUAACACAGUGAAGCCAGUGGCUGAAAAAGUGGUGACUCCACCUGAAGUUGGUAGUAGUAGCACCGAUAAAGGUUCGUUGGCCAAACCAUCUGAGAAAGAGAGUAGUACCACGGUUUCACCUCUCGUUGUUGCUGAGGCUGAAUCAAAACCCAAAGAUGAAACAAGUAAAGAAAAAAGUACAGAUGCUGCAACCGUGACAGGGACCGUGCAGAAGGGGUUGUAG